GCCUCCAAGUUAGCCAAUCUUGUAGUUAAGUUGUCAGAAAGGAUUGUGCAUGACAAAAGUCAACUGAAGCUGUUGAAUAUUAUUGCAAACAAAAAAAGGAAGUUUGGGAUAAUAUAAAAGUGAAGAAUGAUGGAUUGGUAGCAUUCCUAAUGUUGCUGAUGCACUGGAUAGGGAACUGCAAGGGAUUAAAGACUGAGCUUGAAGUGCGCCUUUAAAGCUUUACAUAUUUACAAUAAAAAUUCUUUUAAUUCAUUGAUUUUAGGCUGCUUUAUUUAUUUAUUUCCUGUAUUUACGUUAUUAAUGUGUUGGGUGUGGAAAUCUAAAUCAUUAAUUCAUUAAUUUAGUUAUUUUGUUUUCAUGUUUUGACUUUUGGGAAAGAAUCAAUCAAUGGCUGACAACCGAUCUGACAACAGAGAGGAUGAUUAUCUAACUGAACCUGAACCAGUUGCCGUUAGUCCUGCUGCUGAUGAAGGUGGCUCUCGGUUUCUAACAAGCGACGGCAGGGAGUAUGUUUACCAGGAAACAAGUGAUUUUGAUGAUGUCGUUGAGGAUAUACCUGUCUCGCUUCUUAUCAAACCACUUAAGGAGAAGAUAUCCCAUGAAGUAUUUUGGAGGCUCAUUCUCAAUGAAAAGGUUCCAGUGACGACAAGUCUUGUAGCAGUCAUGGGUUUACCUAACUGUGGAAAGACAACAAUUUUGGAAUCAGUUCUUAAACAAAAGAUAGAAUUAAAGGAUGGGGCAGAAUUAGAAAUUGAUCAUUAUUUAAACAGAAAGAAAGAUGAGAAGUGUCUGUCAAUAUAUGAUUUAUGUGCUCUUGGUAGUACACAGCAUACAUUUGCCUGGUCCUUUGCCACCAAUCGAUAUGGAGCAAUUUUUUCAACUCUUUGUGGUCUCAUUCGCCGAAACCCAUAUUAUGUAGCAGAUAUUGAGUUUGAAAUAACCAGCCAGUCACCAAAAUCUGUCAUGGAUAAGCACAUUCGAUGGUUGCAGAACAAGACUAAAGAAUUACUAAAGGGCAUUAAAGAUGACCUUGGCAAGCUGACCCUCAUUCAUGAUGGUGUCUCUUUUAUUAAUGUAAUCGACGUUGGUGUCAAUAAGGCUCUCUACCCAUUCUUAGCUAUGAUGCUGCUGCAUUGCCAUCGGCACAUUCGUCUUGCUUUCUUUUCAAUGAAUAGAGACGGGCCUAAUCUUGAUGAGUAUGCUGACCUACAUUCAGAGCGCUAUGAAGAAAGAAAAGAUGAUGUUUUAGUUAUGAAGAAAAGGUCACGACUCACGUAUCUCCUCCAUUUUGCUACAGUUGGUUACACUCAGCAACAGCGUAAUCAGGAAGAAGAAGUACAAAAUGCAACUGUUAUGGUUGCAACAAGAAAUGAACCGCUUGAAGAUCCCAAGAUAGUGGAUCAAGCAGAAUCGCUUGAAGAUCCCAAAAUAGUGGAUCAAGCAGAAUCGCUUGAAGAUCCCAAAAUAGUGGAUCAAGCAGAAUCGCUUGAAGAUCCCAAGAUAGCGGAUCAAGCAGAAUCGCUUGAAGAUCCCAAGGUAGUGAAUCAAGCAGAAUCGCUUGAAGAUCCCAAGAUAGCGGAUCAAGUCAAAAACAAAAUCAUCAAGCAAGCAGAAUCACAGAAUGUAGAUCAGUUUCUAAAGAACUGGUUAGAGGUUGAUGUCAAUGAUGAACGAUCCAUAGAAAAAUUUGGAGAGAAGAUGGAAGAUCUGAUUAAAUACAAGUACAAGCAGCGUACCCUACUCCUUCCCCUCAGAUGGAUAAUCUUGAGGAGUCUAGUGGUAUCACUUGACAGUAAAGGAGCAAAAGUUAUGAUUUUGCGUAAGAGUUUCAUUAUACAAAAAGCAAUAGAGCUGGAGAUGACAAAGAAAGAGAUUGAUAAUUUUUUAAAAACAUUCACAGAUUUUGGAAGCAUCCUCUACAUGCCUCAGUAUGAAAAAGUUGAAGAUAUUGUCAUUGUCAAUAUUUGGGAGUUCACUCAGUACCUGGACAAGCUUUAUUAUCCUCAGGAAAAAGAACCGUAUGCUGCCAAUCUGUUGAAGUAUGGGAUCAUAUCAGAAUCUUCUGUCAAAAAAAUUUUUUGCAAGCAUCCAGAGAGUGCUGAUGAUUUUAUGACAGUUCUUACAACAAUUGCAAUGGCCUCUAAAAUUAAAAGUGGGAAGUCUAUCCUCAUUGAUGAUCAGCAGCAACCUGAUGAGGUACACUAUUAUUUACCAUUAGCAAGAACCCGUGCAGAAUAUACGCCACCAGAAGAGGAGAAUGAUUAUGCUUUCAUUGAGAUAGAGAGUGUCAACUUCCCAGCCAAUGUACAGGCUUGCAUUAGCUAUGCCAUCAUGGAUAAUAACAAAGAUGCUGCUCUUAUUGCUACAGACUACAGCAACAUCUCACGAUUUCUAUUCCAAUCUGAGAGUGGUCCUCCUAUUUCAAUAGAAAUGGUAUACAAAGGAAGCAAGACAAGAUUAAGAAUAAUGAACAGCUCCAGUGACAUACUCUCAUCUCCAGCAACAGUUAAAGCAUGCAAAAAAGUAAUUACUGGUUCCUGUAGAUGUCUCCAAAGAAAAAUUAAUACGAUACGUGACCUCAAAUACAGUUUUGCUGUUCCCUGUGCAUCUCCUGAAGGUGGAUGUCAUUUUCUCUAUCACAAUUGUGAGCCUCAGCUCUGUGAUGCUUGUUCAGCUGAAAAUAAUUUCAGAUUAUGUUGGAGCAAAGCAGCAAAACAGUGUGACUUGUUAAGCAAAGGUGGCGAAGCAAGAACAAGUGAAAAUGAUCUACUGAGCUUUCAAGACAUUUCUGGCAUUAUUACAGGCAAAUAUGAAUUUGAGGCCUUUAAAAAAACACUGAACAUUGAUGAAAGUAAUUUCCCUGACUUGAGUAGUCUACAAGAUGAGGAUAGCAGGAAGAAGGCAAUGAUGUUGAUGCUCCUAUUGUGGGAAAAACAAACAGACAAGCCUACUAGGCAUGCUCUGAAGGAUAAAUUAAAAGAGAAUGGGUUCAGUGAUAUUGCUGAAAAACUUUGAAACACUAGUAUAGUAGUAUAGCAUAUUAGUCAAAAUAGCUGUUAGUAAAGUUGACCUUAUUUUUGCAUUAUUAUAUUUUUAGCUGCAUUUUCAAUUUUAAAAUAAUAAAUUAUA